CUGCUGUUUUGUUUAACCAUCCAAAUCUCAAGAUUGUGACAGUUGACAGUGUGACCACCUCAUCUGCUCUAGGGAGAUAAUAGCUCCGAUAUGAAGACUUUUCUCAUCUUCACUCGCUUGAGUCUACUAGCAGCUAAUUUUCCAGAAGUCAUUAUGAACGAAGAUCACAAUUCAAAUGAAUACUUUCAAGAUAAUUUUAAUGUUCCUUAUAUGGUGUAUCUGCAGUCCAGCCCAGAGCCUUGCGUCGGGACUCUCAUUGACCCUCAGUGGGUGCUCACUGCUGCUCACUGUUCCUUACCAACUAAAAUCCGACUGGGAGUUUACCGACCCAACAUCAAAAAUGAGAAAGAACAGAUAUGUGGUUACUCAUUGACUGUAGUCCAUCCUAAUUUUGAUGCAAAAUUCCUGAAAAAUGACUUGAUGCUGAUAAAACUCUCAUAUCCUGCUACUAUCAACAUGUAUGUAGGAACUAUCGCCCUAGCUAUGGAACCAAUGGUAUUUAAUGAAACCUGCUUCAUACCCACAUGGACCUGGAAUAACUACAAAAACUUUACUGAUCCUGACAUCUUGACAUGGACAAAUGAGUAUUCUCUUUCCCCAAGUGACUGCUGGGACAUUCUCCAGCAACACAGAAAAGAAACAAGAAUAAACAUUAUGUGCAUAGGACAUUUAUUCAAUACUGUAUCUGCAACUAAGGAAGUCUCAGCUUCUCCAGCCAUCUGCAAUGGGAGGGUGCAUGGAAUACUGGCCUGGGGGAAAGCAGGUGUAACCAAGGGAAGCAAAGGCUUCUUCACUGAAAUUCAUCCCUAUGCAAGAUGGAUCUUAAAGAUGAUGCAAUCACACUGAGAAGUCAUACCACUCAGUGUAAAAUAAUGCAGUCUCUACAAUGGAUCAACAAAUCAUCAUCUGUCUUACUGAAAAGAAUUCAAAGAAAAAUAUCCAAUAAAAUGUCACCAGAAAUGUAUGACUUUACCUUGAUCAUAAUGUAAACUUUGAGAACAAUGAGACAUUUAGUAACAAACUUAUUUAUUCACACAAAAAAUUGAUCAGACACCAGACACUUAGGACAUUCUGAUUGUGCUAAGAGAAACAUAUGUGACUGUAAAGUGUCCUUUGUCAUAAUUCAGUCUAUUCUAUAAUCUUGUAAUGAUUACUCUAAUGCAGAUGCCCAAUAGUCUUUAGUGGAACAUAAUUCUAACUAUUCUGCACAGUAGGAGAACUACCAAGUAGACAAACUAGGGGAAGAUAAACUAAAUAAUUGGUUAAAAACAAAAUAAGUAUAUAACUGUUAUGCAUUCUCUAAAAUAUGUGUAUAUAAUGACACUUGAGGGAGAAAACAGGUUUUAGGGAAGGAGAAAUAAUAAAUAGAUUUUAUGUGCCCCACA